CAGGUAUUAUAAUUAUUCUAAUGAAAACAGUUUCAUCACUUCAUGGUCAACUGCAAGUUCUAGUACGAAGUGUAUUAGUCAUCUCGUCAGCUGUGCAUUUUCAAAGCUCAGAUUUCGUUUUCCAAUCGCUGAUUGCUAGAUACCGCAAAGCCUCAUACUUUUUAAAAGGAAUCGACCAUGUAACGCGAUACUUAAGCAAAUAUGCCUAGCCGCUUUUACGAUAAGAUAACAAAACAUUCAGUCCGCUAUUGCACCCAGUAUGACAAAAGAUAGGUUAGGUGAGCUCUUAAAGGCGCAGAAGACCAGUAAGAAGGAUGUCGAGCUUGACGUUGAACAAGUAAGUUUUUAGCGGGAUAUAAGUAGAGAAAAGAGACAACGCCUUAUAAACCUACCUUUUCCAGGAAAAUAACAAUGAGGGAGGGAAAAGUGACUUGAAAAAGACGUUUGAAAGGGCUGAAGUGAUAAGCCAAUGGUUGCAGGGCAUUGAAAAAAACGUUGAAGCUAUCAAAGAAUACGAAAGUAGGAUCAAUGACCUUAUGUAUAAUCAAACAGACCUCAACGAGAAAAUCGACACCUUAUUCCAAAACAACACCAGCAUCUGCCACAAAAUCAAUGGAAAACUGAAGGAAAUUGAUGAGGAGUUAAAACAAACUGCUGAAGACUCUGCAGAGGGCAGAAUCAAAGCAAUACAGUACAACACCCUCAAAACACGAUACAUAGAAACUUUCAAAAGCAACAACAAUGCAUUGGAAAAUUAUAGAAACGUACAAAAGGCAAACUUGGAUGCCCAACUCAGAGCCAAAGGGAUUCGAAUGACAGAUGAGGAACUUGUGCAUUUAUUGGAGGAGAACACUGACAUGCAACUGUUUACUGACAACAUAAUUGCAGAUACCAUAGAAGCAAAAAGACAAUUAAGGGAUAUCGAAGAAAGACAUCAACAAUUAUUGAAGAUCGAACGGAUGUUGAUGGAGAUUCGAGAUUUAUUCUUGCAAAUGGCCAUACUGGUUGAUACUCAGCAAGAGCUAAUUGAUAGAGUAGAAUACCAAGCACAGGCUGCGCGGGAUUUCGUUGCAAAGACACCGAAAAUCUUACAGGACGCUAGCAAAAAGAAAAGGAAUUAUUUGAAGUGUAAAAUAUACAUGGGGAUUACAAUACUUAUACUAGUGGUGAUACUUUUGAUAAUGCUGCUGAAGUGAUUUUUGUUAUUAUAGGACUUAUAUUUUGUAACUAAUUUAUUGAAUAAACAAUACCUGAGACGGAUUAUCUUUUAACA